AUGGGUGGAAGUUCGAUUGAUGAUGACUGGGAGCUUCCCUUUUCUAAUGCUGCUCGCACUGUGGUCUUGGUUGGACGCACUGGUAAUGGAAAAAGCGCAACAGGCAACAGCAUUCUUGGCAAAAAAGCCUUCAAUUCCAAGCGUAGCUCUAAUGGUGUCACAAGCACUUGUGAAUUGAAGACUGCUAUCUUGAGAGAUGGACAAGAAUUUAAUGUCCUGGUCUUUUUGAAUAUUCUGCCAGAUCAGACUUUAUUGGCAAAGAAAUUGUCAAAUGCAUUAGUUUGGCUAAGGAUGGGAUCCAUGCUGUUCUUGUGGACUUGUGGUUUUCUCAACUAG